CUUCCAGGAGCCUAGCCAUGGAGAGCCUGCUCCUGUUCCUGGCCCUCCUCGCUACGCCCGUCGCCUCCAUGCUGUGCCCCAAGCGCUGCACCUGCCAGAACCUCAUGCCCUCCUACACUGUCCUCUGCACCAAGACAGGCCUGCUCUUCGUGCCGCCGAACAUUGACCGGCAGACGGCCGAGCUGCGCCUCAUGGACAACUUCAUCACCACCCUUCGUCACCGUGACUUCGCCAACAUGAGCAGCCUCAUCCACCUGACGCUGUCGCGCAACACCAUUAGCCAGAUCAAGCCGUACGCCUUCGCCGACCUUCAGGACCUGCACGCCCUGCACCUGGACGCCAACCGGCUCACCAUACUGGACGACACCCACUUCCAGGGCCUGGUCAACCUCAGGCACAUGAUCCUUGCCAACAACCAGCUGCACAGCAUCUCAGAGGGGUCCUUCCAGGACUUCCUGGAGACCCUGGAAGACCUGGACCUGUCCUACAACAACCUGGUGAACAUCCCCUGGGAGACCAUCGGCCUGCUGGCUAGUGUCAACACCCUCAGUCUGGACCACAACCUCAUAGAGAUGGUCCCCGAAGGCAUCUUCUCCAACCUGCACAAGCUGGCGCGUCUAGACAUGACCUCCAACAAGCUGAAGAAGAUCCCUCCAGAUCCCCUGUUCCUGAGGAUCCCAGUGUACGCUAAGCUGAAGGGUUCUCCACUCACGUCGCUGGUGCUGAGCUUUGGUGGGAACCCGCUGCACUGCAACUGUGAGCUAAUGUGGCUGAGGCGGCUGACCAGGGAAGACGACCUGGAGACCUGCGCCUCUCCCCGAGAGCUCGCCGGCAAGUAUUUCUGGACUAUCCGCGAGGAGGAGUUUGUGUGCGAGCCGCCCAUGAUCACGCGGCACACCUCCAAGAUGUUUGUGAUGGAGGGUCAGGAGGUGAGCCUACGCUGUAAGUCAGUGGGUGACCCGGAACCUUCCACGCAUUGGGUCAGCCCCGAGGGGAAGCUAAUCGGGAACACGUCCCGCACCAUCUGCUACGAGAACGGCUCUUUGGACAUCCUCACCACCACUGUGAAGGACUCUGGGAAGUUCACCUGCAUUGCCUCCAAUGCCGCUGGCGAGGCCACAGCGCCCGUGGAGCUGGUGGUUAACCCCUCGCCACACUUUGACCCCAAGCUGGAGCCCGAGCCUGGCCCUUCGGACCUCCCCACCUCCAUCAAGUCCAAUGCCAGCGGGGGCCACGCCCGCACCGACCAUCAGAGGGUCAGCGUGUCGGAGCUGAGCUCGACUUCGGCCACCAUCCGAUGGCCCUCCCAGGACCACAUCCCGGGGGUCCGCCUGUACCAGAUCCAGUACAACAGCUCCUCUGACGACAUCCUCAUAUACAGGAUGAUCCCUGCGUCUCAUAAGUUCUUCCUACUCAGUGACCUGGCCUCUCAGCGGGACUAUGACCUGUGCGUGCUGGCGGUGUACGACGACGGCGUCACGGCCCUAACCGGCACCCGCCUGGUGGGCUGCGUGGCUUUCACCACAGAGCGAGAGUACCGCCAGUGCCGCUCCCUCCACGACCAGUUCCUGGGCGGCACCAUGAUCAUCGUGAUCGGCGGUAUCAUCGUGGCCUCCGUGCUUGUCUUCAUCUUCAUCCUCCUCAUGAAGUACAAGCUGCACAGCAACCACUACAAGCAGAAAGCGGCACAUGUCAGCAACGUGUGCUCUCAGACCAACGGGGGCCAGGCUGCGGGCGGGGGAGGCGCUCCCAUCCCACCCUCCUCCUCUUCCUCAGGCUCGACCAAUAGGCCCAUGCCUUCUGGCCCAGUGGACAGGGUAGGGCACGACGGACCCCAUCAGGCCUCAGAAGGGGGCUUCGGAGGGCCCUUGAAAGGGACCACGGUAGUGGACUUGAACCCAGAGUACGGGAAGUCAGUGAAGGACGAGGAUGCUAUAUCACAAUAACACAGGAUCUGGGACUGCCCCAACGCCACCCACUUUUUAUUUCCUGGUGCUGGGGUCCCUCUGCCUUAACAAGGAUUAUCUCGUGUCCAAGAUUUGCACAUCACCCAUGCUCGUCCUCCGAGGUGGAGGGAUGGAGAUUGGAAAGGUGAAGUCCCCCUGGUUCAAGGAAGUUGGAAAAACACAAAAUAAUAAAUAUGAAGCCAAGAACAGCAUUGGGAGCAGAGAUGGGGUGGAUGCCAUGGAAUCGCUGUGCUCUGUCACUUAUGCAAUUCUAUCCGGAACUGGGAUGUAAUCCAGCCCUGUGGAGUGGAGGGAAAUGUUUUCCAAAACCUGGGGCUUCUUUUAAUGUGUGAGGAAUGAAUUGACCUUAACCCAGACGCCUAACAUUCUUUUCGGGAAUACUUUUUGGGAUUCCCAUUGAAAUUGCCUACUACAGAGGAACACCCUUGGAUGGUUUUGAUGAUGUAUUGUGGGUUUCGUAGUAAAGCUCCACUCUCCCUUAACGAUCGGUCAUUUGCCAAAGGAAUACAAUAAGAGGACAAGGCAAUACAGUGUUUUGUUCUCCUCCCCGAGGGCCUUGGAAGCGUUAGCACACAGCGAUGUCGCGUUGAUGCACCGAUAUCAAAAGGUUGUUCUUUGAUCUCUUAGGGUACUUUAUAAUCUUUAUAAUCCUAUCUUGCUCUCUUUCUCUCGCUCUCUCUUUCUCUACCCCCCCCCCCCAUCUCUCCCUCUCUGUCUAUAUGGACAAUUGAAUAGUAUAUUCAUCAAUUAAGAGAUCAGAUACAUCCAGAUGAUGGUGAAAACAAAUCAUAUUAUUUGGCCAUGGAUAUCCCAACUUGGAAUAAAAACAUGGGCUCUCAAGAUGAGGUCAAAAUAAGAACCUGGAUCUGGUUUGGUUUGAUUACAUGAAUUUACAGCACAAGUAUUGCGUUUUGGUUUGAUGGUGAAAUGGUGAGUUAAGUUUCAUUCUGACAAAAGAAACCGACCCUAUUGUAUAACACUUUCGAUAUGGAAAAGAUGGACACAUUGAUCCAAUACCAUUUUCCCUUACUGUUGACUGUGUAUGUAUUUGUAUGUGAGAUAUACCUUCAAUUUUCUCUGAUUUGAUACCCACAUUUCCUUUGAAUUAUGAAACAACAAUAAGAAAAAAAUAUGUGAGAUGGAAUUGUAUGCUUUCAUAGGUAAAAUAUGUGGAUUUAUAAAGAAAUAAAAUUAUUUUUCUUGAA